GGAGAAAAACACUGUAAAAUAAAAAGUUUUUGGUUCCGUCCUUGGGUUCAGUGGUUAUGGUUUGUUUGUUUUGUGUACAUAGUUUUUUUCGAUGUUUUUGUCCGUAUAAAUAACUGACGGUUUCAUAAUUUUCUGGGAAAAAAAUGAAUGAACAUCGCUCAUGAUUCAUGUUAGUAAGCAAUGUACAGUGGAGCUGUAAGAAAGGUAUCACGCCAAGAUAUCAAAGUGGUAAAAGUUUCUAUGGAAGUAGAGGAUAACAACAACCUGUAUAAAGAAUGUGUAUACGCUGGAGGAGGCCCAAGUCAAUAUAUCAGUUGGUUAAGUGGUGAUAAGAGACCACUUCAUGAUGUGCUUGGAUUCAGAAAGGAGAUCAAUGGUAUGACCAUGGACAUUGCGCUUCAAUGGUAUGUAGAUGGAUAUUCAGAGAAAAUAUUGGGAUUUGCCAAUGGCAUCCACACCCUUGAUGGGGGAACACACAUAGAUGGUGUGAAAGCUUCAAUUACAAGGACUAUUAACAGCCUUGCUAAAAAGUUGAACCUUGUCAAGGACGAGGAUAUAACCUUAAGUGGGGAGCAUGUUAGGGAAGGCUUGACUUGCAUUGUUUCAGUAGUUGUUCCAAAGCCUGAGUUUGAAGGUCAAAAACAGAGGAGAUUAGGAAAUCCAUAUAUCAGGGAAAUUGUUGACAAAUCAGUCCAAGAGUACCUAACGGAGUAUUUUGAAUUGCAUCCAGAUGUACUUGAGAGCAUUUUCUCCAAAUCCUUUACCGCUUACAAGAAUACUUUGGCUAUGAAGAGGGCAAGGGAAGUGAUUAGAUCAGAGAGUGUUUCAACGUCCCGCACCAUUCCUGAGAAACUGACCAACAGCUCUUCUGGAAAUUUUGAAAUUGUUAUAGCCAUAGGAGAAUCUUCUGGUAGCGCUGCAAAACAUGGUGAUGACAGGCGUUUCCAGAGCAAAAGGACACGGGAACAGCCUCGGAGCAAUGGAAGAUCGCCAGAGAAUCCUAGUGAUUCAUGCAUUGACAAGAAACGCCAAAAAGUUGUUCCAUCCUCACAUCCUUCAAGGCGUGAUGGUGUAGUCUCUACUGCUCCUGGAAAACCCCUAGAGAAUGUAAGUGUCAAGACCCUUAAAGGUGUAUCCCCUGUCUCAAACCGACCAAACCGUAAGAAUGUUAGUGUCAAGACCCUUAAAGGUGUGUCCCCUGGCUCAAACAAAACCAAACCAGUUAUCCCAAUUGGUCCUAGUUUCCAGGCUGAAAUUCCGGUUUGGAUUGCACCUACCAAGAAGGGUAAAUUCUAUGGUAGUCCUGGAGAUUCCGACACUCUGAGGUGGCUUGGAACUGGUGUUUGGCCAACAUAUAGCCUAAAGAAGAAAGUUUACCACAAAAAGAUCGGCGAAGGAAGACCAGACUCUUGUUCUUGUGCUACUCCAGGAACAACCAAUUGCAUAAAGCUACACAUUAAAGAAGCAAGGGAGCUUCUAGAAAAAGAAAUUGGAAGUGCUUUCUAUACAUGGAAGUUUGAUGAAAUGGGUGAAGUGGGAUCAAAGUCAUGGACGGCCAAAGAAGAGCAAAAGUUUGAAGCUCUUGUGAAAAAAAAUCCUUUGUCACGCUGUGAUGGAUUUUGGAAGUUUGCUUCUAAGUCUUUCCCAAGGAGAAGUGAGAAGGAUCUCAUUAGUUACUACUAUAAUGUUUACCUCAACCACCGUAAUAGCGAUGAUGACCACAAUGGUGACUUCUUAGCAGGGUGAAGAUGAAGGCUUUGUCAUGACAUUUUCUUAAGGGAGAUCAGAGGUAACUCAAAAUUCUAAGUCCUUGAUACUUAGUGAUUCAAGAACAUAUUCCUUUUCCCCCUUAAGAUUUUCUAUCAUAGGAUUCCAAAUCCACCAAUCUAAAUUUGUUUUUCCCCCCUCAAAUUCUAUAUAGAUAGUUGUUUUCUUCUUCAUGAACAUUUGCUUGAAUAUUUGAAAUUUGGAACCUUUAUAUAUUCUUAGAUCCUUUUGAGGAUAGUGGGCCUAGACUAGACAAGGCUAGGAUUGUCUUUUUCCCUCUUCUUUGUGCAUCAAAGAUUCUC